AAGGAGUCUAAUAGUGUAGCUGUUUUAUACAUAUAUCACCGAAUCCACACACAAAUACACCACAAGGAAAAGUCCGCGCAGUCGUUUCCACGAAUAAAGCAUUUCCGAUUUGGGAGCCAUCAUCCAACUAAAUCUCCACCUCCACUUUUCACCCCAACACACAUCGCUGCUUCUCUUAUAUGGAGAGCUUGCAGAGAUCUGCCAUAUCGUUCCGGCGACAAGGCUCGUCGGGAUUCGUGUGGGACGACAAAUUCCUCGCCGGCGAGUUCAAUAAGCUCGCCAACGAGCGGAAGGAGAAGGAGGAGAGCAGCAGCGCCAGCAAGGAGGAUCCGGCGGUGAAGAAAUCGCCGCCGCCGCCCGCCGGAUUGGUCAUCGAUAGGAGCCGAUCCAACGGCGGCAGGGGAUUCCGUACCGGAAAGGUGUCGCCGGCGGUCGAGCCGCCUUCGCCUAGGGUUUCGGCGUUCGGAUGCUGCGGUGCGUUCGGGAAGGGCGAGAAGACGCGCCGCCGGCCGCCGAAGUCCGGUAAGCGCGUGAUGUGAGGAUUGGAAUUGUGAAUCCAUUAAAUUCCGAUGAUGCUGCUGUUAAAUCUGUUUCUCUCUUCUGCUUUUUUUCCCCCUGGAUUUGAUCCGUUAAAUUUUAGGUUUUAGAGAUCGAUAGUUCUUUUUUUUCUACUUUCAAUUUUUCCUUUUUGACUUUUUGUGUAAUAUAUGUGUGUGGAUCUUAGAUAUCAGUGGAAAUUGUUGAUGCUUAAA